GCCUCCCCUCCCUCCCUCCCUUCUCCCUCCACGACCCCCAACACUGUCCAUCUCUCCACGCGCCUUUUUGUAACGGAAACUUCUCGAUAUCUCUCAAAUCCCUUCCCCCUCCGCGUUUUUUGUCGCAUUCCCAUUCCAUUACCCUCCCCCACAGCCACGGCCAUCUCCCCCUCUCCCAGCCUCCAUCGUUUCCCUCUCGCUCUCCUCUCGUCGUGCUCCGAAAGAUGGCCGAUCUGACCGCACGGAAGCGAUUUCAGACGCGCUCGGCCUCGCCUUUCUCCGGCCUGAACCCCUCCGCCGAGGAGUUCGUUCCCCCCUCCUUACUGCCGCCGGGUCUCUCCUCGCCGCCCGAUCAGCACCGGGUGUACGUCCCUCGCGACUCCCUAGCCGGGGCCUCCGAUCAUCCAACUCCUCGCCGGAGAAACUACAGUUUGCUUGAUAUGCGUAAUAGGUUCGACAGAAUUCCUAUGGCUCAAUACGGAGACUCUGUCAGGAGGACUGUCUUUGUUUCUAAUCUUGACCAGCAGAUCACUGAAGAGCAGCUUGUUGAAUCAUUUAGAUGCUGCGGGAAAGUGCUGGAUUGCCGUAUAUGUGGUGACUGCAGUUCUGUCCUGCGAUUUGCAUUUGUCGAGUAUGCUAAUGAAAAUGGUGCCAAACAAGCAUUAAAUCUUGACGGAUGUGUUCUUGGUAAUCAUCCUGUCAAGGUUAUUCCAUCAAAGACUCCUAUUGUGCCUGUGAAUCCUAUAUUUCUUCCUCGUUCUGAAGAUGAACGUGAACAAUGCGCAAGGACAGUUUAUUGUUCAAAUAUUGAUAAACAGCUUAGUCCAGCAGAUGUUAAACAUUUCUUUGAGUCGCUUUGUGGUCAGGUUUCUCGCCUGAGGCUUCUGGCUGAUCAGGGGAAUGCUACUUGCAUAUCAUUUGUCGAGUUUGCAGAGGCUGAAAGUUCAAUUGCAGCACUUAAUUGCACCGGCCUUUUUCUUGGGUCAAAUGCUAUUAGGGUCAGUCCGUCCAAGACUCCAAUUAAGAAUAUUGCCAACAUAAAUCCACGUGUUCAGGAUUGAAGCUGAUGCAACACCAUUUCUCGAAGGACAAACUCUUCAGUGCCAUUUAUGCCCAACUUUCAUUAAUGCUCAUAGACAUAUUUAUUUCUGUUUUAUCAACUGGAAGGACUUAUUCGUUAUAUUUGGUGAAUUUUAUUCAUUGCAUGCCCUUCAAAAUCAGGGCACUCUAUGCAAUGUGGUGAUACAUUCAUUAUUGCAUCUGGAAAUAAUUAUUCAGGCAACAACUGUUUGCUAAAA